GUGUGUUCCUGUUUAAUGGAGGACGGGAGUUGUGGGAGAGAGAGAGAGAGAGAGAGAGAGAGAGAGAGAGAGAGAGAGAGAGAGACUGGAGGAGAGCUCGGUGUCUCCCGGCUCUCUUGGCAGUCUUGUUGCGGGCUGCUGUUGUUGCUGUCGUGGCGUGGCUGGUCGCGCCAGGCGGGGGAACUUCACCACACUGGAGCCCAGAGUCCCACUCUCUCACCUGCGCAGUUCGGAGCUGCCAUGGGUCUCUCGCCUGGAUUUACUGUCCUGAUCUUUCUACCGGCCUUCCUGCUGCACGCCAGCGGCCUUUACAUCGCCAGUAGCGUCGACUCCCUGCAGCACGUCCUGGGGGAGUAUGGACUGGCAAGGCCGAUGAGUGUGGACGCGGAGGGCCGCUUCCUGUCGCACGCCGUCUCGGCGGGCCGGGCGUCAGGAGGGCAGCCCCGUAGGCGCCAGAAGAGGGAGGUAGGAGGAGGCAAUGAAGAGUGGGAAGGACCAAGCGGGCUCGAGAAGCUCUACUACAACGUCACCGUCUUCGGCCGGGAGCUCCACCUGCGCCUGCGCCACAACGCCGGGCUGGUGGCCCCCGGAGCCAAGAUCGAGUGGCGUGACGACGACGGCAGCACCCGGCACUUUGAGAGGCUGCAGGACGACUGCUUGUACGUGGGGGACAUCAGCGACGCGCCGGGGGCCACCGUGGCCCUCAGCAACUGUGACGGCCUGGCGGGCAUGAUCAGGACGGAGCAAGAGGAGUUCUUUAUCGAGCCGAUGGAAAAAGGCGACGGGGCGAUCGAGGAGGAGGAGGGGGCAGCGGGAGGAAGGUCGCACAUCGUCUACCGCUCCUCGGCCAUAAAGAAGGCGCCCAUCGACAGCACGGCGGGAGACUUCCACUCCAGAGGUGCAGAUCUCGGUGGUCUAAUGGAUCUGGAGUCCCUGUACCGAGGCGUGGAGCAGAGCAUCAACCACACGCGAGCGGGCCGGGCUCGCAGGCAGAGCAUGGACCGGGCCUACAACAUCGAGGUUCUGCUCGGCGUCGACGACUCGGUGGUCCAGUUCCACAAGAAGGAGCACGUCCAGAAGUACCUGCUGACGCUCAUGAACAUCGUGAAUGAAAUCUACCACGACCAAUCUCUGGGAGCCAAAAUCAAUGUGGUGCUGGUGCGGAUUAUCAUGUUGGGCUCCGGAAAGUCCACGAGUCUGAUAGAGCUGGGGAACCCUUCCCAGAGUCUGGAGAACGUGUGUCGCUGGGCCUUUCUGCAGCAGAAGCAGGACACCGCGGACGCCGAGUAUCACGACCACGCCAUCUUCCUCACGCGACAGGAAUUUGGACCCACGGGCAUGCAGGGUUAUGCCCCAGUGACGGGCAUGUGCCAUCCGGUAAGGAGCUGCACUUUGAACCACGAAGAUGGUUUCUCCUCGGCCUUCGUGGUGGCCCACGAGACCGGACAUGUGCUGGGCAUGGAGCACGACGGCCAGGGGAACCGCUGUGGGGACGAGGUCCACAUGGGAAGCAUCAUGGCGCCUUUGGUUCAGGCUGCCUUCCACCGUUUCCACUGGUCCAGAUGUAGCAUGCAAGAGCUGGGACGCUACCUCCAUUCCUACGACUGUCUCCGCGACGACCCCUUCGACCACAACUGGCCGUCGCUGCCUCAACUCCCCGGGUUGCACUACUCCAUGAACGAGCAGUGCCGCUUCGACUUCGGUGUGGGCUACGCCAUGUGCACUGCGCUCCAAAAGGCAGGCCAGUCUGGAACGCAGUAUCGCACCUUUGACCCAUGCAAGCAGCUGUGGUGCAGCCACCCCGACAAUCCUUUCUUCUGCAAGACCAAGAAAGGACCGCCCAUCGAUGGCACUAUGUGCGGAAAUGGGAAGCAUUGUUUUAAAGGUCACUGCAUCUGGCUGACCCCCGACAUCAUGAAGCAAGAUGGAAACUGGGGCUCCUGGAGUGAAUUCGGACAGUGUUCCCGCACAUGUGGCGGUGGCGUUCAGUUCCGCACACGCGACUGUGACGAUCCAAGACCAGCCAAUGGAGGUCGUACCUGCAUGGGGGCGACGUACCAGUUCCAGAUGUGCAACACCCAGGAGUGCGAGGACAUCUACAGCGACACCCGAGAGGAGCAAUGCCACGCCUGGGACCCUCGCCUGGAACAGCCCAGCAACAAGCACUGGCUGCCCUACGAACACCCUGAUGCCAACAAGCGAUGCCACCUGCACUGCCAGGCCAAAGAGACCCGGGACGUGGUCUUCAUGCAGCGGAUGGUCCUGGACGGCACUCGCUGCUCCUACAAGGACCCGCACAGCGUGUGCGUGCGCGGCGAGUGUGAGAAAGUGGGCUGUGACGGCGUGGUGGGUUCCUCCAAGCAGGACGACAAGUGCGGCGUUUGUGGAGGAGACAACUCCAGCUGCAAAACCUUCAAGGACACAAUCACCCGCACAGUCAAGAAGCAAGGUUUCCUCAAAGUCCUUGAAAUCCCCAGAGGAGCACACCACUUACUGAUCCAAGAACUGAAAGCAACCACGCACAUCUUUGCUGUGAAAAAUGUGGCUUCCGGACUGUUUUUCAUAAACGGGGAGAACGAAUACCCCGAAUCCAGAUCAGUCAUUGAGAAGGGCGUGGAGUGGGAAUAUGAAAACGACAACAACAAAGAGACGCUCCAAACCACGGGUCCUCUCACACACGGGAUUUUGCUCAUGGUGAAACUACUUGGAGAUGAGGAUGUGAACUUGUCUUAUAAGUACAUGAUGAACAUGGACAGAGACUUCUUCAUCCAAAACAACAUUCUGGUGGAGGACAGUGCCUACGAGUGGGCCCCCAAGAGGUGGUCCGACUGCUCCAAGCCCUGUGGUGGAGGGAAACGGUACCUGCGGUACGGCUGCAGGAGAAAAGUGGACAGUAAGAUGGUCCACAAGAGCUUCUGUAACAAGUCCAACAUGAAACCCAGAGGAGACACCCAAGACUGCAACCAGAAGCCCUGCCCGCCACCUAUUUGGGUGACUGAGGACUGGCAGAACUGCAGCAAGGCGUGUGGAAAGACCGGCAUGCAAGUCCGCUUGGUCAGCUGCGUCCAGCCCUCAGACGACAACACCAGCAGAACUAUUCAUAAUAAAUACUGCAAUGACGACCGUCCAGAGACCCGCAGACCCUGCAACCGAGACCCCUGUCCAACUCAGUGGCGGGUCGGACCAUGGUCACAGUGCUCGGUGACCUGUGGGAACGGGACUCAGCAGAGGCAGGCCGUGUGCCACACCCGAGACAACACCAUCGGUCUGUGUCUGGACAGCAAGCCCGACACCAUCAGGAUGUGUCGGCUGGAUCCAUGUUCCAAGGGCUCGUCGGACCUCAACAAGAACGGCAACAUCCUGAUCCAGUGGCUGUCUCGCCCCAGCCCCAACUACCACAAGAGCUCCUCACGCCACCGUUGUCAUGGAGACCGCUGGGUGUUCUGUCGUAAGGAGGGGUUGACGCGCUACUGCUCUCUACCAGACUUUCAGCUUCUAUGCUGCAAGACCUGCAGCAAUGUCACAGCCACGGAGUCUCGAACCAACUUCACCACCACCCCCAUCAGUUCCACACCACACGACGUCACAGGGCGUCCGCCCACCAGCCUCAGUCAUUUGUUCACUGCUACCCAGCCUUCUAAAUCUCUAAUCACUGCCACUCCAGAUGUGACCACCAACUCCUGGACCGUGACUCAUACUCCCACAUUGGUUCUUACAAGCCAUCAGUCCACCUUGACCUCACUGGGAGCCACAGAAAUAAUCGCCACCCGCACAAGAGGAGCUACCAUAGCACCUGUUCUCCCAACCACAUCAAAUGCUACGGACUUUCCCAGAACUAAUGCGAAAACUCUUACCUUGCCUGCCCCAGGAACAGACGAGAGUUUACAUCCAACGCCACAGAGCACUACAGGUUAUCCAACUACCACUUUCUUUCCCACAAAAUUCACUCCAACCAACAGUAUGAGCAUUAACAGUACCAAAACCCCACUACAAACCAAGCCCCCCAAAAAUGUUGUACCAAAGAAAAGUACCCUAAAAGUAAGUCCACCCAAAAAAUAUCCACACAAAAAGGAGAAUGCGCCAAAGUCCAGUCUCCAAAAGAACACUACCCCAAAAAAGAGUACAUCAACCAGCAAAAAGGCUACAGUAACCAACUUGCUUCCUAAAAAGAUUACACCAGUCAAAACGACAACCAAAAAGACUACAGCAGUAAAAAAGACACCCCAAAAAACUACACCGGUCAAAACAACACCCAAAAAGACUACACCAGUCAAAAAGACACCCAAAAAAACUACACUAGUCAAAACAACACCCAAAAAGACUACACCAGUCAAAACAACUCCCAAAAAGACUACACCAGUUAGUGUGACUCCUAAAAAGACUACACCAGACAAAACAACUCCCAAAAAGACUACACCAGACAAAACAACUCCUAAAAAGACUACACCAGACAAAACAACUCCCAAAAAGACUAUACCAGACAAAACAACUCCUAAAAAGACUACACCAGACAAAACAACUCCCAAAAAAUUCAAACCGACCAAGACAACUCCUGAAAAUAAUGGACCUUCUAACACAACGACCAAAAAGCCUAUGCCAGCUCACACAGCGCCCAAAAAGAUAGUCAACGCCUCCCCAAAGAAGUCUCCCCCGGUUAAGAAGCUUACUGAAAAAAGCAAACCCACUCCUAAAAAUAAGACCGCUUCAAAGUCAUUACCCCCCAAAAACGCCAAAGUUUCAAAGCAAACCCAAACAAAAACAAGCCUGAAAAAGACCUCAAAAAUCGCAGAAAGAGUCGAAGUCGAAAGUCGAAUCCCAGUGGGACAAACGACAACAGCUUCGUAUCACAUUACAUGGACGACUCCAAUCACAAGCACGGAGACCCCGUCCUCUAGUCCUUCGACCACCAGUGUUUCUAGUACAACCACAAGCCUGCCUUUGCCUUACUCAACAAUCAACACCACGGCUAUCACUAAAAAGUCAGCAAGUACGGACGAAGCUCUUUUGUGGCGAGAAGACAAUGCUCGCUUGGGAACCACAACCUCAAGCCAUCUUCCAGACGUCACAAUUCCCAGCGAAAAGCCGUCACACACGGACGUCCCAAUGAGCAGCGGCGGGGAUGUCAUUGUCAGCCGCGGAACUAUUCUGAGUGGCGACGGCAUCACCGUGUCUUACAACCGUGAGGAUGCGGCGAGUCGCACCACGGUGCUGGAUGACGGCUUAGCUGUGAUGAUACCGACCCUCCACAGCGAAGAUGUGACGGAUCUGACUUCCUUGCCCUGGCUGAACCUUUCCGAGUACAUUCCUGUGACCACGCCUGUCACGGCUACAACCCCCGACCCUGCUUCCUCUCUCGCACACACGACUGAAAAACCUACCGCUGGGACUCCUGUGUUCUCUACGGUGGACCCUCAGCAAGGGGGAAAAGACAACAAUGACAUCGACGCUCUGUACCAAAGGAUCACCAGCGAGGACUCUGACAUUUCCCAGAACAACCUGAUCCCAAAGCGACGCGUCAACCUGCGGGAAAAGACCAGGAAUAAACGUAUUCAGGAGCUUCUGGAGGAGAAGCGGAACCUUCUCCUUAGGAUGAGGAGAGGCCAUGCAGAGCGAUAGAGCACAACUUGUUCAGUUCUCUUAUAGAGACGACCAUUUCUACAGACUUCUUUAAAAUCCCCACGGUGUUCCCUCUAUCGGGGGUUCAGCAACAAACUGUCCGCGUUGAAACAGUCAAUAAAGACCUCUGGGAAGUCGUAGCUUUGGCAACAAACAAGAAAAUCCAGAAACUAGCACACAUGUACCUAGUUAAAGUCCUACUGAAAGCCACUACUAGCGACCACGCAGUCUGAUAGUUUAUAUAUCAAUGAUGAAAUAUUAACAUUGCAACACAUGCCAAUACGGCCGCUUUAGUUUACUAAAUUGCAAUUUCAAAUUUCCCGCGAAGUAUCCUGUUGGAAACGUUGCGGCAUGAUGACGCGUGCGUUGGACGUCUCGGGUUGUAGCGGACGUUAUUUUCCAGCCCGAUCCAAGCUAUAAGUAGUCUGCUUUGAUCGCAUAAUUACACAGUAUUCUGGACAUCUGUGUUGCUGAAUCUUUUGCAAUUUGUUCAAUUAAUAUUGGAGAAGUCAAAGUAGAAAGAUGGAGGCAGGAAGCUUUUAGCCUUUAGCUAACACAAACACAGCCGGUGUUUCCUUGUUUAAAAUUCCUGAAGGUGAAGCUUUACUAUGGAUCAGAGCGGUCAAGCGAACAUGGAUCCCGACCACAUGUCAACCGGCAGGUUUCGGUGAGAAAAUUGUCUUAAUAAGUCGGCUCUUACCGGAGACAUCAGCGGAGCUUCUGUCUUGCUGCAGCCGCGUGACUUCCCUCAGAGACACUGGGUCAACACACCCGUGGUCACACCCCUCCCACUUUCAGGUACUAUUUAAUCUCACUAAAACACUAGCAACACAAUAGAAAGAUAAGGGAUUUUCCAGAAGUAUCCUAGUAAAUGUCAAUCAAUCAAUCAAUCAAUGUUUACUUAUAUAGCCCUAAAUCACUAGUGUCUCAAAGGGCUGCACAAACCACUACGACAUCCUCGGUAGGCCCACAUAAGGGCAAGGAAAACUCACACCCAGUGGGACGUCGGUGAUAAUGAUGACUAUGAGAACCUUGGAGAGGAGGAAAGCAAUGGAUGUCGAGCGGGUCUAACAUGAUACUGUGAAAGUUCAAUCCAUAAUGGAUCCGCAAGAGUCCAGUCCAAAGCGGAUCCAACACAGCAGCGAGAGUCCCGUCCACAGCGGAGCCAGCAGGAAACCAUCCCAAGCGGAGGCGGAUCAGCAGCGCAGAGAUGUCCCCAGCCGAUACACAGGCAAGCAGUACAUGGCCACCGGAUCGGACCGGACCCCCUCCACAAGGGAGAGUGGGACAUAGGAGAAAAAGAAAAGAAACGGCAGAUCAACUGGUCUAAAAAGGGAGUCUAUUUAAAGGCUAGAGUAUACAAAUGAGUUUUAAGGUGAGACUUAAAUGUUUCCACUGAGGUGGCAUCUCAAACUUUUACAGGGAGGGCAUUCCAGAGUACUGGAGCCCGAACGGAAAACGCUCUAUAGCCCCAGACUUUUUUUGGGCUUUGGGAAUCACUAAUAAGCCGGAGUCCUUUGAAGGCAGAUUUCUUGCCGGGACAUAUGGUACAAUACAAUCGGCAAGAUAGGAUGGAGCUAGACCGUGUAGUAUUUUAUACGUAAGUAGUAAAACCUUAAAGUCACAUCUUAAGUGCACAGGAAGCCAGUGCUGGUGAGCCAGUACAGGUUCUUGUCAAAAUGUGUCUAAUAACAUCUGAAUCGCUCCCACUGCAAUCGCCUUUUUUUUUUUUUUUCCUAGUCCUUCACUCUGAAUUUCCUCAUCCACAAAUCGUUCAUCCUCGCUCCAAUUAAUGGGGAAAUCGUCGCUUUCUCGGUCCGAAUCGCUCUAGCUGCUGCUGGCUCACAUUAUAAACAAUGUUCAGAUGUGAGGAGCUCCACAACCCGUGACAUCACGCGCACAUCGUCUGCUACUUCCGGUACAGGCAAGGCUUUUUUUUUAGCGACCAAAAGUUGCGAAUUUAUCGUGGAUGUUCUCUACUAAAUCCUUUCAGCAAAAAUAUGGCAAUAUGGGGAAAUGAUGAAGUAUGACACAUAGAAUGGAGCUGCUAUCCCCGUUGAAAUAAGAACAUCUCAUUUCAGUAGGCCUUUAAAGGAGCACUUUAUAAAACCAAACUUGUUACUCCUCAAAAGCAUCCACAAUGGUGACCAUAACUGGGCAAGGAUGUAAGACAGUACUGUUAAUACAACUAUUUUGAUACAAGUGCAGAGACAAAUACCUCAUGGUACCGCUUAUGUUGCUACUGUGGGACAUCGUCAUUGUGUCUCCUCCCCAAACCUGUGGAAAACAGUUUAAAUUGAGUAACAAACUCAAUGUAGUUUUGCUACUUAUUUUUAUGUUGCUUGUUCCAGAGUUGCAUGCUUUGGGAUUUUCUCAUCCCCCGAUAAAUUGCCUGCUUUGGGGAAUUGCUAAACACACGGUGCUUGGAACAUAAGACGAAGCUAUUGUUGGGAAAACAAAAAGGCUUCAGGAGAUAUAAAAUAUUUGUGGCAUGUUUUUAUUAGUAUUAUUUGUGUUGCGGUCUGAACAAAGGUGCUUUGAUGCUAAAAGUGUUAUUUGUAUGUACAGAGAAUAUAGAGAUACAGUAAUAUAACAUUCUAUGGUAACUUUGUAUGCAAAGAAGCUUUGGAUCGAUCAUUUUAAAUUGUUUAUCCAUUUCUAACUGGAAACAACCGCUGAAGCACCAACAGAUCUAGCUGUACGAUAUCUGUACAUAUCCAAAAGAACUUCAUGUUUAAUAUUUAUUAAAGUUUAAGUGCCUGUGGUAUUUUGCAAUGUA